AUGGCUCAGACUCACCGUCGAGGUCCUUGGGUCCCCGAGGAGGACCAGUUGCUUGUCCAGUUGGUGCGCGAACAAGGCCCCAACAACUGGCACAUGCACUACCGGUCUCCCAAGCAAUGUCGGGAGCGCUUCCACCAGAACCUCAAACCUUCCUUGAACCGCGAGCCGAUCUCCGCUGAAGAGGGCUUGUUGAUCGAACGCAUGGUGAACGACAUGGGCAAGCGGUGGGCUGAGAUUGCCCGCCGACUGGGCAACCGCAGUGACAAUGCCGUCAAGAACUGGUGGAAUGGCAGCAUGAACCGCAAGCGGAGGGGUCUUUCGUCCUCUGCUACUACCACCACUUCCUUCUCUCGCACAUCCUACAGCGGCCGAAUCGAAGCACCAUACCCGCGGGCUUCGACCAUCAACAGCAGUCCCCUCAGCCGUCGCUUCUCUUCCACCUCGUCUUCCUACUCCACCGUCAACACUCCUAAGCAACUUUCGCCCAUCUAUACUCUUCCUUCCAUCAACCGCCCCAUCGAGACUCCUUUGACCUCGCCUGCGUUCUCGGAAACCUCCAAUGCUCCCUCGCUGGUCUCGGAUAACAACUCGAUCUCUUCUGCUUCUCCCCGCACCGCCGCUUCCCCACAACUCCUGCCUCUUCCUAUCGACAUGCGCCAACACUACCACAUGCGGCGCCAAAGUGUUUCGUCGCUGAACAGUACAGACGAAACCUAUGCUACCGGAUACCAAGGGCCCAAGGCUGUUGACAGCAUUUCUGACAUGACCCAAAAGUCCCGAUGGAUGCCCGAGCUCCCCAGCUGGCGCCAACACACUGCAGCGCUAACGCAGUCGUGGAUUAUGCCUCCAGAGGAGGUCCGCACACAACCAUUGAAGAUUGAGACCCAGACCGCAGAACGUGAUUCGCGAAUGGGUCUCAGCAACCUACUGAACUGA